AUGAUCAACCGCCGAAACCUCUUUCUGGACCCGAAAUCGAAGCUCUUCCUCAUUCGGCUGCGGUAUAGUAAGGUGCUGGCGACCACUGGCAUGGAGCGGAAUGCUGUCCGAGCCAUCCCCAGAGCUCCAUCCCAUAUACUACUGGUCUAUCUGGUGGUUGUGGAGCCAUUCAUUCACUAUCUCCAUCAGGCAUUGAAGCUCCGAAACCGCCGCAGUCUUCUUUUUUCAAUUCAGGGCGACCUCCCUACCAGCCGCCAGGUCAGUGACACGCUCCGCCAUCGGACCAGCGCCCUGAUCGGCCAGGGCAUUCAGAUCCAUUCAUGGCGCCAUCUCGCCCAAGGCUUCAUUCGAUAUGGCAUGGGGGAACGGAUGGAGGGGGACUCCAUUGAAGCGCCAGAGCUGAGUGAGCUUGAGAAUGAAGCUCUAGCAGCCGGCCAAGCACACCACAGCGUCCGCACGGCCAUGCUGGUCUAUGGCCGGCCACAGGUUCAAUUUGGCAACCUCCCCAUCAACCAGCAGGCCGCCUACAUUGACUUCAGCCAGCGGUGGCAUUCCUAUAUCGGCAUGGGGCCUGAUUUCGACUUUUUGAGCUUUCUCUAUCAAGGGAGACCGCUGCCUCAGGCCCCCCAGGCCACAGCCAAGACCCCCCAGGGCCUAUCUACCAGCUCCUUUCCUCUCAACCAGCCCUGCCUGCGCUUCUGGUGGCAGAGAUCUGCCUCUUCACCAUCCCCUAAGAUCCCUAUUGGUCAGUUCAAUGCAUUCAUGGGCUCCACAACCCCCACAUUCACUCCAAUCGACCCCAAUGUCACUGAAGGCAUUCCCGAUGGUGACCCGCGCCUGGCCGAGCUGGAACCAGGCCAGCGACUGCGACUGCUUGCACACCAGCCAUUCCCUCAAACCCCUAGGGGCCUUCAAGCACCAGACCUCCUGCUUGGGCUCUUUCAAGAAUUCAUGGGAACGCCUCAGGCUGAAUUUCGAAGCGCAGAACAGCGUGAGUGCCUCUACCAUCUGCUGAAGCCAACCCCAUUCCUUCUCAUGGCAUUACCAACUGCUGGAGGCAAGACCACCCUGUUUCUGCUUGCUGCAAGCCUUGCCUGGGCGCAUACUACUGUCCUGGUGGUUCCCCUUGUUUCAUUGAAGCUGAACCUGCAAUCUAAGCUUCAAAACCUAGGUCUGCCAUGGGUGAAUUGGGAGGAUCAGCAUGAGGAGACCCCUCCUACCCGGCUAGUGCUAGUAUCCAUUGAGUCUGCUGUCAGCCAGGUCUUCAUUAACUGGGCCAUGCAGCUCUACCACCAAAACGCCCUGGACCGCAUUAUUUUUGAUGAGGCCCAUCUCAUCCCCCUGGCCCGCAGCUAUCGGGGGUGA